CGAAAAUGAUGGCAGCUCCUGCUCCUUUUAUCCUCACGAUUGUGUUGACUUCUAUAAAACAAAAAAAGACCAAGAGCCAGAGUGAACCUUUCAUUUGAUUUUGUAAUCUCCAAGCAAUCCUUUUACUGUACUGUACUUCCAUAGCCGUGAAGUAGAAGACCAAGCCAUCAAUCUCCUGCUUCUUUCAUCUCGCUCCAUUGCUCAAUUCUUCACUCAUCCCUAUCAGAACUUUCUAAAUCAAUCAAUCAAUAAUCCUCAAGCAGCAACAAUAUGGCGUUGGUAUUGUGUGAUGGAAUUGGGAAAAUCUGCACCGGCUGCUGUGAUUUGGUGGGUCAAGUGUGCCUGCUUCCCUGCAAAGUGUGCGACGCCUGCUGCAAAGGAUUCGGUCAAUGCUGCAGCGAGUCCUGUGCAUUUGUCACUGGCUGCUGCUCGUCGCGAUUUUGCUGUCACAUUACGGUGACAAUAGCAUUGAAUCUUCCACCCAUCCUACUUGGGCUCAUGGACUUGCCCAAUGCGGUGGGUGGUUGUCCGGGGAGUCUGUGGUUGUUGGUGUUUUGGUUGCUCUCGCUGGUGCAUAUUGUGGCAGCCUUUUACAUGGCAUACGCAGUGGAAAAGGACGAAUCCAUCUUGCCGUCGCGAGACGGAGAACACACGGCAUCAGGAGGAGCCAAUCGCAUGUGGAAAUUGUUUUGUUACGAUGGCUGGAUGGCCGCCUAUAUUUUGGUCGCGUGUGGAUAUUUUGGAUGGCUCCUCUUGGGAGGAUUCUGGUAUGCGACAGGAAACGUGGAAGACAGUGGAGCCUGUGAUGAAGGGAUCGGUGGAACUUUUGGAAUUGCCUAUGGAUUUGGAUGGGCCUUUCUCUUUUUGGGUGGAUGUGGAUUGGGCUGUUCGGUGUGUUGUGGACUCGUCAUGGACCCUCCUGGAAGGUCCGAACCGCCAGCUCCAGCCAUGCAACAACAGCCACCACAGCAAUAUAGCCCUACUGCUACACCUGCCGCUGCUAGUGCCAAGCCCACGGCAAGUACCACUGUGCCCACGGCGAGUGCCACUGUGCCCAUGGAUGCAGCAGGAAUUCCCGACAAUGACAAAACACAAGCGGCUCCUGCUUCCUCUGCUGGCCUGGGUGGACUCAUUUCGAGCUUUGUGCAAAGCGCUACAAAGCCUGCCAGCAAACCAAUGAUGGCAUCGUCAGAUCCAGUCGAAGUGGAAGCUGUACCAGCAGCAAACCCGCAAUACAUCAAGAAUGCUCCCAUGGCAUCCGCUGUUCCAUACUAACAAAUUGAAUUGUUCAUUCAACAGCAAAGACCACCUCCAAUACCUGUAACAAUGAAAAGUAAGCCUUGCCAUCAUGACACGAGACGGCACACACAAACCGUGGCGAAAACUGCCACGCUUUUGGGAUCCUGUACCGGUACAAAAAAACUACAACAACGGAUCCGCAUUGCAAGCAUACCACAGUAAUUUACAUUAGACACAAACUUCAUAAGGUCCUCCGUACAAAAUCACUGUUCCUGGCUUUUUGGAUUCUGAAAAACCUGCAGGUACUGUACCAAUAAUAGUUUUACGUUUGGCAGGAAAAGCUCCAUGAUACGGUGCGCUGUGGUGUUCUUCCCCGCCAGCAACUUCUUUCCUGUCACGCCUUUGGCUUGGGAAGAGCCCAACGUGCCAACAUGCAUGUAAAUACAGUAGUGGCUACAACAAAUAAAUCAAAGAAGAUUAAAACAUAGCAACACCACUCUACA